AUGAACCUUUGUAAAAACUUACUAAAAAAAGGACAUUCAUUCUACACAGAUAACUGGUACACAAGUGCACCAGUAGCCAGAGAACUACUGCAAAAUGAAACUCAUCUGAUUGGAACUUUAAGAAAAAACAGACGGGAUUUCCCUACAGUAGUGGUUUCAACCAAGCUGAUAAAAGCCCAGCUCAUAGCGAAAGAAAGUGAUGAUGGGAUAACGGUUUUAUGGUGGAGAGAUAAACGAGAUGUGUUGGUAAUUUCCACAAAACAUUCAACACGUUUUGUUUCCGUUAGUAAAAAUAACAAAAUCACUAUGAAACCAUCGAUAGUCGUAGAUUAUAAUAGAGCUAGGGGAGCAGUGGAUUUAGAAGAUCAGGUGGCAGCAUACCAAAGCCCAUUGAGAAAAUCUUUGAAAAGUGAAAAGUGUUACUCUGGUGGCUUUAAUACUUUUGCUCUAUUUCCUUAUUCAUUUUAG